AUGGAUUCUUACCUCUUAUCGCUACGCAUCUUUGGCGAGAUGACUACUUUGCAUAUGGGAUCACACUUGUGGGUUGUUAUCAACUCAGACCGAGUGGCAAGUGAGAUCAUCUCCAAGAGAGCUACAAUCACCAGCGAACGAGCCCACAUGCCAAUUUCGAGCGACCUGAUCAGCAAUGGAAAACGGUCAGUACUCCAGAGGAGCGCAACAUGGAGUGAGGGAAGACGAUUGAUGCGGCCCCUACUUACUGGACCUUUGGCAAAGACAUUCGUGAAAUGGCAGGACCUCGAAAGUGCUCAGUUGCUACUCUCAUGUCUCCAGAGUCCAGAGAAGUGGUACCUACACCAUUCGCGAUAUGCAACUGCAGCAACCUAUGGUGUGGUUGCCGGGCAUCGGCUCAACAAAAGUGAGGAAGAGUUAGCCGAGUAUCGUAAAGUUACAAAGGAGUUUCUUGCAAGUCUGUUCAAUACUACCGUCGAUUUCUUCCCAAUUCUUUCUCGAAUACCACGGCCGCUGCAGCUCUGGCGACAACAGUGGGAAGCUGUCGGCCUGUCUCACCGUCGUAUUUUCAAGAAGUGUUGGGGUCCCAUUAAGGAGAAAGUCGAAGAGGGGCUAGCUGGAGACUCUUGGGUCCGGGAUGUCCUAUUGAAAUCGGACAAGGGUAGGGAGGAAGAGGCACUCUAUCUCACGAAUUCGGUCAUUUCAGCUGGCGGAGACAACAUCCGAAUGACGCUGAACACAUUCGCUAUGGUGAGCAUCCACUAUCCACAAGCUUUUCAGAAAUGCCGGCAGGAGAUCGACGAAGUAUGUGGUGGAAGAGGGGUACGUUUGCGGCUACCGGGGUUAGAGGAUAUCUCUUCCAUGCCUUGCCUUUGCGCCUUUAUCAAAGAGCUCCUUCGUUGGCGACCAGUCGUACCACUCAUACCUCCCCACCAACUGACCGAAGAACUGAAAUAUGCAGGCUUUGUCUUCUCUGUACAAACCAACUUUGUUAUCAACACCGUCGCCAUCUGCGCGGACUGCGAACAACCUGAGAAAUUCCUGCCUGAAAGGUGGCUUGAUGGCAGUGGUAACGAGGCCAUUUUGACCCAUAGAUUCUGGGGGUUCGGUGGAGGACGGAGGGUCUGUAUUGGGUACAAGGCCGCGCAACCGGCCCUCUUCCUUGCACUCUCACGUCUGAUCUGUUGCUUUGACUUCGAACUUAACGGCAAUUACGAUAGCAAGCGUCUCAAUCAUGGAAGUACAACAGAGCCUUUCCCAGUUCGAGUGAGCAAGCGGAGCUCGACGCAUGAGCAUCUGAUUUGGAAAGAAGGAGCAGCGAGAGGGCUGUGCUGAAGCUAGAAGAUGAGGUUUACCAAAGUUGGACAAGAAUGCAAGCACGGAGUAGCUUGCCUUAACUCAGCGAGUAUGCAUGACAAUGUAUCAGACUAUGUAUUCGAAG